AUGAGCAGCCCCCGCUCCCGCUGCGGGCCGCCGGCCCCGCCGCCGCCGCUGCUGCUGCUGCUGCUGCUGCCGCUGCCGCCCGCCCUCCGGCCCGCCGCCGGGCUGGCCCUGCAGCCCGUGCACUGCGCCCCGUGCGGCCCGGAGAAGCUCGCCCUCUGCCCGCCCGUCGCGCCCGCCUGCCCGGAGACGGCCCGGCAGCCCGGCUGCGGCUGCUGCCAGACCUGCGCCCUCGGGCCGGGCCAGCCCUGCGGCGUCUACACGGCCCGCUGCCGCCUGGGGCUCCGCUGCCGCCUCCCCGCCGGGGAGCCCCGGCCCCUGGCCGCCCUCGUCCGGGGGCAGGGGACCUGCCUGCCCGCCGGCGAGCCCGGAGGGACGCGCCCGGCGGAGCCGGCAGACUCUGUCGAACCUGAAGAUUUGCCUUUGGAAAGCACUGAAAUGACACAGGAUCAGCUGCUGAACUAUCAGUUGAUGUUCCCCAUAGGCCAGGACAAAUCCAUCCCCUGGAAUGCCAUCACCACAUAUGAAAACAUGAAAGCAAAGAGAAUAUCUGAACUCAAGAAAUGGAAAGAGCAGGGACCUUGUCAGAAGGAGCUCUACAGAGCCCUGUAUAAAUUGGCGAAGGCUCAGCAGAGAAGUGGAGGGGAGAUUUACAAAUUCUAUUUGCCCAACUGCAACAAGAAUGGAUUUUACCACAGCAAACAGUGUGAGACUUCACUGGAUGGAGAGUCCGCUGGAUGCUGGUGUGUCUAUCCAAAAAAUGGAAGAAGGAUUCCUGGAUCUCCAGAAAUGAAAGGAGACCCGGAAUGCCAACAGUAUCUCAGCUCACAAGAAUAAAACGAACCACAUUCAUCCACACCAAGUUUUCUGUGGGGCCUGAUCUAGCCAGGAGACAUUUCAGUCAGGAGCCGUUUCAGUAAGGUGGUUGUGUGCACCUGAUUUUCAGCAUAUAAGUAAUCCCAUAAAGUAGCUUUUUUACUGCUCUGGGCUGACUCAGCUGCUCGAGUGACAGAUAGGAGCAACUGCAAGAUCAAGUCCUACAAUCUUGUAUAUUUUGUUUGUAUUAUAUUAUAGAUACCCUCAUAUGUAAAGCUGUUGAAUUAUUUAUUUCACAGUACAUGUAUUUUUGUCUGUGUGUGUUGUUACUAAUUUAUAUCCUCAAACACUUCAUAACUUUAUAUGUAAAUACUUAAUAUUAUUGCUCUUAAAUAUAUGCAUCUUAUGUUGGAGGAAUGUUGCUACUUAAAACUUCAAAUGGCACAACUCUAUUGGGAAAAAUGGCUUGUAAACUUGCAUUUUUAUACUAUGUAUUUAUAGACUUAAAACUGAAUUUAAAAAAAUAGCUUUCAGUAGAGAACAUGCUUAGAAACUUAUUUAAAACCUGUUUUGUUUAUAUAUCAUGUUGCUUUUGCACCUCUGUUUCAAUGUCAAGCUGUUUCUUAAAAAAGAAAGUCUCAACCUUGAUUAUAUACUGAAGCUCCUGAUGGGACAGAAUUUGUUUCUGUUUUCCAAACAUACACACUGGAUAAAUGGCAAAACACAACAGGAUACUCUGUGCCACCUUUGACAGGUGUAAGCUGUUCGCAUGUUGACAUUGUCACGUUAUUUAAGAUGAGCUAUUAAAUAAUGCCUUCUACCCUG